GAUCUUCAUAGGACUCCAUUUAAAUGCCCAUUUGUAGUGCCCCUACAGAUUUUUACUGCGUUGAUGUCUGAGUUCUUACGGUAAUGGUGCUGAUGAGGAGUGAGUAAUGCUAUGUGAUGCUGUUACUGCCAUUUCAUCAGCGGAUUUUCACAAACAUCUCCAUCUUUAAACAUGAAAUUGCUAUGAAAUUAAACCAUCGACAAGUUGUAAGGACGGCCGUUAGCCAAUUUUACAUCAAACUCGCCAUCACAGUAACAGUUCCCUGUGUAGAAUAAAAUAAUACAAAAGGAUACUAGGACAAGGCCUAUUUGCGUAUCACUGCUUGGGGUAAAACAGUGUUUGACUAGGCCUCCUGAGAUCACUGUUUCAGAGAGCAUCUUCGAUAUACGAGAUUUCUCAAGAACAUGGGAUUUGCUAUUUCCAGCCGUUGAUCGCUCAUCUAACAAGAUUCUAUGAGAGAUGGAAGCGAUAUGGCUGUACCAGUUUCGACUCAUCGUCAUUGGGGACUCGACAGUAGGAAAGUCGUGCCUGAUCCGGCGAUUCACAGAGGGACGCUUUGCGCAUGUGUCCGACCCCACAGUCGGUGUAGACUUCUUCUCACGCCUAGUGGAGAUAGAACCAGGCAAACGCAUUAAACUUCAAAUCUGGGACACAGCCGGACAAGAGCGAUUCAGGUCUAUUACCAGGGCUUAUUACCGUAACUCUGUUGGGGGGCUGCUGCUGUUCGACAUCACCAACCGUCGCUCCUUCCAGAAUGUGCAUGAGUGGCUGGAGGAGGCCCGGAGUCACGUCCAGCCUCACAGCAUCGUCUUUCUGUUGGUGGGCCACAAGUGCGACCUGGAGCCCCAGAGGCAGGUGAGCCAGCAAGAGGCGGAGAAGCUGGCAGGUACCUAUGGUAUGCGCUACGUGGAGACAUCGGCUCGUGACGCCAUCAACGUGGAAAAGGCCUUCACUGAGCUAACGCGGGACAUCUUUGAGCUCGUGAAGAGCGGUGACAUCAACAUCCAGGAGGGUUGGGAGGGGGUGAAGAGUGGCUUGGUGCCCAACGUGGUGCACUCCUCAGAAGAGGUCACCAAGAGCGGCCGGCGGUGCCUCUGCUGAAUAGCCUGUCUGUCUAGUUGGCUUCACUCAACCCAGCCCAUGCAGUCCUGUUACAUUAUGUCCCACUAGCUCGCAAUCUUGUCACAUAUAUAUAUAUAUCUCUCUCACUCCCAUUCUGACUACUGGAAGGCCAUUCCCACUCUAGUCUACCACUGAAUAAAACAUGAAUACAGCUACUUUCCACAGUAACCUUCCUGGCGUCUGUCUUACCUGUUACAGGCACUUGAAAGACAAGAAAUGGCCUGUUUUAUGAUUUCAUUGUCCUCCCUGUAUUUAUGCUUCAUCUUGUGCCCCACAGAAGGAACUCACCUCAAACUUUACACGUCUGUUCUGUGUUCUGGAGUCUGGAGAACUCACACAACUAUC